AUGGCGGAGGAUGAGGAGCCCGCGCGCGGGGCGCCGUUGUCGCCCAAGUCCACCAACCCCAUCGCUAGACCCGCGCUCGGCGUGAGGGCUCCUUUCAAGAGGCCGGGUGGUGCGAAUCCGGGCGCUGCCUUCAAGAAGCCCUUCCGUUCGCCCAUGAUGAACGCUCCCGUCGACCGCGGGGUUCCCACGUUCGUCGCGCGCGUAUCCGAGACCGAGGGGGCGCCUGCGAAGUCAUCGAUGGCCGGACAGAUGGCACCGCUCAUAGGCAAGCCGAAGCCUCAAGUUGGGUUGGCCGCCAUCAAGCGCCUGAACCCGAUUGCGACCGCGAAGCCGAUGGUGCCCACGCCCGACAAGCUCUACUUUUCGUGUCUCUACGCCAAGCGCAAGAGUGCGAAGAACCGGAGCAGCAAGUCCUGGGUGGACGGCAUAGCGAUUAACCAACACCCGACGACCACGCUCUUGGACAUGACCGGCAAGAUCGUCGCCAAGGGCAAGGCGGGCACGUGCGUCGAAGGGACGACCAUGGAGAUCGGUAACUGGGAGGUUGAGAUCCAGGAUUCGGUAUCGGAGGAUUCGUUCCUGUCUGGAGCCGCGCUCGCGGGGGGAUCCACGGCCCCGCCACCCGCCGCCCUCCGCGCGCCACCCGCCGUCAGGAACGCCGCUCCGUUUCGACCCGCCGUCGGCUCAAUACGCGACGGCAUCGCGGCGGCUUCGCAGCGACGCGGCGGGGGUUUGAACGGGGCGGCGAUUGAGAGACAACCCCUGCACGACCCGAACAAGGAGGGGGCGAUCGUGAUGUCCUCCGCGGGCGUCGACUUGCCCGAGGGCAGGUCCAACGUCACCGUCGUGGUGGACCCGUUCAUCGGCCGGCACCUCAGGCCGCACCAGAGGGACGGGGUCAGGUUCAUGUACGAGUGCGUGGUCGGUUUGCGCCGCGGGGGCGCCUCGGGUUCGAUCCACAAGGGAUGUCUCCUCGCGCACGAGAUGGGCAUGGGCAAGACGCUGCAGGUGAUCGCGCUGCUGUGGACGCUCUUGAAGCAGGGCCCGAUUGCGGGGAAGCCGGUGGUGAGGAAGGCUGUCAUCGCGUGUCCCGCGUCGCUCGUGGGAAACUGGGGCGGGGAGAUCAAGAAGUGGCUCAACGACACGAGGCUCGAACCGCUGUUAGUGGAGGGCGGGGAGGGUGCCGACGGCAAGCAGAAAUUCGAAGACUGGGCUCUGCCCAACCAGCGGAGGCACUGCGUCCUGGUGACCAGCUACGAGACCCUGCGGUCGCACGCGAAGACCGUGCAGAAGGCCACCGGUGGCAUCGACCUGCUGGUCUGCGACGAGGCGCACCGGCUGAAAAAUACAAAGGGCGACACGCAGACCAUCGCCGCCCUCCGCGCGCUUCGAUGCGACCGAAGGGUCUUACUCACCGGUACGCCGAUUCAGAACGACCUCGGAGAGUUCUUCGCGGUCAUGGACUUCGCGUGCCCGGGUUUGCUCGGCGACGCCUCCGUGUUUAAGAAGGUUUUCAGCACCCCCGUGGAGGCGUCCAGAGACAAGCACGCCACCGCCGAGGAGAAACGGAUCGGCGCGGCGAGGAGCGCGGAGCUCGGACGGAUGACCCGCGAGUUCGUGCACCGAGCGUCCGCGCGGGACGUCAACGCGAAACAUCUGCCCCCGAAGACCGAGUACGUGGUGUUCGUGCGACCGAGCCCCGUGCAGGCGGCGCUCUACCGCGCCGUGCUCCGAAGGGGCGCGCGAGACGGGUCGCAGCCGCUUCGGGCGCUUCAGCAGCUGCAGAGGCUGUGCAACAGUGCCUCGCUGCUGAUGCGCGCUCGGGGCGAGGGCGAGGAAGGCGAGGACGUCGGAGGAGGAAGCCUGUCGGACCUCUCGAGUAAGGUUCCGGAAGGGUACCCGGAUCCCUCGGACCCCAGAGUCCCGGCUCACGACGAGGCGAUGUCCGGCAAGCUGGCGGUGCUCAUCCGGAUGCUCCAAGGUAUGCGGCGGGGAAUCGAUAAGACCGUGAUCGUGUCCGGGUACACGUCCACGCUGGAUAUCAUCGCCGAGGCGUGCCUCGUGAUGGGCGGGAAGGUUUCGCGGCUCGACGGGUCCGUCCCGCCCAACCAGCGCGUCCCGCUGGUCAACAGCUUCAACGCCGGACGCGGCGGGGAUGUUUUCUUGCUGAGCACCAAAGCCGGCGGCGUGGGUCUUAAUCUGGUGGGCGCGAACCGGCUCGUGCUCUUCGACAGCGACUGGAACCCCGCGAACGACCUGCAGGCGCUCGCGAGGGUGUGGAGGGACGGUCAGAAGCGACCGGUGACGAUUUACCGACUCGUGUCCACCGGGACUGUCGAGGAGAAGAUAUUCCAGCGGCAGAUGCUCAAGGGGGACGUCGCGAGCUGCAUGGGGAGGAACUGA